CCACAGCCGCUGCGGCCGCGGAGACGCCCGCGGUGCUACGCAGGUGAUCAUGGCUGGCUCCGUGUCGGUUGCGCGGGCGCGGCUCGGGGUGUGGGGCGCGAGGGCCGUACAAACCCGUGGCUUCGCCUCGGACAAGUCCGACGAUCACCCCGGGAGCGCGGGCUCCAUCCGGGAAGCCGGAGGGGCCUUCGGAAAGCGAGAAAAGGCCGAAGAGGACCGAUACUUCCGAGCAAAGUCGAAGGAACAGCUGGCCGCCCUGAAGAGACACCAUGAGGACGAGAUCGAGCAUCACAAGAAGGAGAUCGAGCGGCUGCAGAAGGAGAUCGAGCGGCACAAGCACAAGAUCAAAAGUCUGAAGGACGAUGAUUGAGUGUGCACAGUCCCCGUCGCGUGGCACGGGUCGUUGGCCGCUCCCGUGCAGACUAACUCUGGUGUCGUUAACACUAGCCUGUGUACUACUAACAGAUUAUAAUAAACUGUCAUCAGUGA